CUCAGUUACCCUGCUCCAUGGGAGUCUGGGCUCUGGGGGAUCACCUGCUGGGGUUGAGCCUAGACCCCUCUGUACUGUAUCCAUCUCAGAGAAAGGGAGAGAAACGCUCUGGUGUGCUGCUACGCCCCCAGGGAUGCGGGCGGAGCGGCGACCUGUGUCUCCGCCCUCAGCUGCUCCCAGCUCCCGCGUGCCAGGUGCCCACAGUGCGCUGGGCCGGUGCGCAGCGCAGGAGCUGAGCGGUCCUGCGCGUGCUGAAAUUCAAAAGAGGCGAAGGCCCCGCGGGGCGGCGCGGGCAGAGGCCAGUGGGCCGCCGCCGCUGCUCCCCCAGGCCUAGGCAGGUCCAGGUGUUCGGGGCUCCCGGCCCGAAGAGGCUGCAGGAGCACAGGGUCGGCUGUCCGAUGGCUGUGGAGCCGUGGUUCGCAGGGCCGCUGGCCCUGGGCCCUGGAGAAGCGCCGCCUCUGGACUUAGAGUCUGGGCCACCGCCCUGCGGGGCCCCUUCGUGGUCGGCCCCCGGACACCUGGAGCAGGCCCCGCUGCAGCAGCUACUGGAGGCCCCAGUUUCUGCACCUUCCACGGAACCGCUGGCCCCAGAGCCCGGGCCAACCACAGCUCGCCUGCCGCUGGAUGCUAUGUUCAGCCCCAUCACCGACCAGCUCCGCUACCUGCUCAAGAAGGCGGAUGACUUCCAAGGCUACUUGUUCUACAGCAGGGACCAAGUACAGAAGGAACAGCUGGCCAAGGCCAUGCUCACCUUCUUAACCAUUUGUGGACCUUAUUUCUUAUACCUUGAGGCUGCAGCAAGGAGCGUGCCUCCCAUCUACGGAGCCCUGCAGGAGCUGGUCAGAAAGGGGCUGUUGGAGAUCUCCCAGCAGCUGACCCUGCGCCUGGAACAAUUGAUCUUGAUGUAUGCCUCCUUUGGGUUUGUGGACCUGGAGGAAACUAACCCCUUGAGCAUCUCCUGCUUCUUCUGUGGGAGGUUCUCCAUCAGCCCUACCCAGGAGGUGUCCAUUUUCCGCUACUGCACCCCAGCUGCUUACACUGCUGGUCGCCUCCCCAGACACCUCUAUAAGAAGAUGCGCUGGAACUUGGAAAGCACAACCACAGCGCCCAGCAGCCAAGGACAAGACUCUCAUGUGGAUUACUACUACUUGUGCUAUCGAGAUACAUGGGAGGACACAGGCCAGGGUCCAGCGAACACGUACCCCCAGAUCCAGAAACUCUGGUCCAUCGGCCGAUGGGUGCCCCUAGGACCAGGAGAGGAUGACCUUUAUUCAUGGAUUUUGUGCCGGCAACCGCCUGGAGACUACCAGCAGCUGCUAACUAUCGGCUUUGAGGAGCCGUCGCAUGUGCUGGCCACCGACCUGCUGGUGCAGAUCCUCAUGGGCCAGGGAGGCCGGCCCCCCAGCGCUGCCGGGCCCGCGGUGUGGGCCGGCCCGGAGCCCUGAGCCCGGGGUAGAAGGCGAGAGCUGGAGUUUGGCAGUCCCACAGUCCCAGGCACCGGGCAGGGAGGGGUUCGUUCGUUCUUCCGAGGCUGCCGGCUUCGCCUUUCCAGGAGCCUGGCCGAGCUGUCCGGUCAGCACCGAACCGGGCUGGACCGGGAACUACUGAGCACCCACUGUACGAACACACCAGUUUUCUA